CACCAAUUUAGUCAUGAUGUGGUCACCACUAGUUUUUUGCUUGAUUGUUGGCUUUGCCCUUGGUUCUAACACACCUGCUUGGAAAGAAAACAAGGAAUAUGUCUAUAAAUUUCAAGGACGUGCCCUAGCUGGUCUUGACAUUGCCAAUGAAUUCUCUGGAAUUUUAUUAAAGGCUUCCCUCAGGGUCCAAACCAGACCCGAUGGCAAACUACAAUGUCUGAUCGUUAAUUCAAAGUACGCUCAGAUCCAUUCUGAGCUUUCUAAUGGCUGGAUGACCUAUAUCCCCGACCAUGAAGUUAGCUGGAAACCUCUGGAAAUGACCAGAAAACCAUUCCAAAUUGAAAUUACCCAUGGAGUCAUCACAGAUGUGAUCGUCAACAAGGGUGUUCCUCAUUGGGAAUCCAAUAUGAUCAGAGGUAUGAUGAGUCAGUUCCAAAUAAGUCUCAACAAAGCUGAUUCUCCUAUGACGCAAAAUGAUAAUCGCGAGGAUUCAGCCUUCUACAAGGUCUACGAAGAAACCGUCAGUGGUAACACCGAAACUGUUUACGAAAUUAAUCCAAUUCCUGAGUACAAACUCUUCGAUUCUGAAGUACCCCAAUUGCAAAAAUUAGAAGAUGAUGACGAUCAAAUCCUUGAAAUACUCAAAAACAAAAAUUUUACUGAAAACAUCGAACUUCCUUCCUACUUUUACGGAUUCGGAGAUUUGAAGGAUGAACAACCUGCUACUAACUCAAUGGGUAAAUUCUUUUUAAGAAAUACUAUGACUCGUGCACUCGUUACAGGAAAUUUGAAACAAUUUACUAUCCAACACUGUCUUACAAUUAACGAAAUCGUUGUAAGCCCAACAUUACUUGACAAACAACGUGGAGCUGUUUACACUUUAUGGAACACCACUCUGCAACAAGUAAAACCACAGGAACAACUUCUCGAAGAUUUGGCUUCGCCAAUUCGUCUAGGAGGUCUUGUCUAUGUUUACCCCAAACCUUUUGCCAAAACCAAUGAAGCACUGGAAAGAAACUCCAAUAGGAAUCAAAUUCCAUACAACAGACCAGCAUUGCACAGAUUGAGCCCAAACCUCUAUUCUGAAAACGAAGCGUCUGAAUACAAACAAGACCAACCACAAAUCAAUGAAGCUCCUCAAACUCCUUUCUUUGCUUACAGCAUAGGAAACAAAGGUCUUUCUAUUAAAUCUGGAAUUGACAUUGUUAUGAGUGUUACUAAAAUCGCUAAAGAAAUUGGACAGGACGUACAAGAUCCCAGCAUCGCACUUCAUGAACAAGUGUUCGACAAAUUCAUUACUUUGACUUCUCUUGUAAGUAAUAUGGAUGAAUCCGAAUUAAGACAAGCCUCAAAGAAAUUGUACACCACCAAUGAAAAUGGUGAAGAAUAUGCAGCUUGGGCUGUUUUCCGUGAUGCUGUCGCUGAAUCUGGACACGGACCAGCUUUACUUUUAAUCCAAAGCUGGGUUGAAAUGAAGAACAUCCAAGACCAAGAAGCUGCUUACAGUAUUUUCACCAUGGCCAACCGCGCUCAAUACCCUACUACUCCUUACAUGAAAACUUUCUUUGAAUUAAUCAAGAAACCAAUUGUCGCUUCUAGCUGGCCCUUGAAUGAAACUGCCAUUUUGAGUUAUUCAAAUUUAGUCCAUAAAGUAUACUUCGCUAAAAACUAUUUCAGAAAUCAAUUCCCAGUAAACGCUUUCGAAAACUUAAAAGACAAGGAAGGUCUUAGAUUCAUCAAAGAUACCGUAAUUCCUCAUUUCGCUAAACGUCUUGACAAAGCAAUAAUCCAAGCCGAAACCAACAAAAUACAUACUUACAUCCGUGCUUUGGGAAGCAUUGGAUCACUUGAAAUCCUUAAGGCUUACGAACCUUACUUAGAAGGUACAAAACAUUGCUCCCAAUUCCAACGUACUCUUAUGAUUAUUUCCAUGAAAAAAAUUGUCGAGACAUCUCCCGAAGAAGCUCGUGAAGUACUGUUUAAAACUUAUCAAAACAGCGGUGAAACAUCUGAAGUAAGAGUUGCUGCAGUAUUCCAGCUUUUCCGUACGAACCCCAGGGUUGAGAUGCUCCAAGAGAUGGCCGCUUACACAAGAAUUGAUACUGAUGAACAAGUUAAUGCUGCCGUUAAAUCUUCAAUCCAAACAAUCGCCAGAUUCGGUAACCAUUUAAGCGAACUCCGUAAAGCCGCUGAUAUGGCAGAACCCCUUCUGACAGAAAAGGAAUAUGGAAUCCAACAAGGAGGUAACUUCCUCAAAAAUUACUUCGUUGAAGAAUUUGAUCAAUAUUACAAACAAACCGUACAACUCUGGAGCAGCGACUGGUACUACGUUCCCAAUGGUUUUAGGUACGCAGCAAAAUCCCAAAGAGGUGGAUUUGAAAAGCAAAUCGUAGAUCUAGAAGGAUUAAUUACUAGCGUAGGACAACUUAUUGAUGUCGUUCAAAAACAAACCGAAAGCUAUCAAGAGGAGAAAGAGCAAAAACAAAACUCAGGUGAAAGUCAAAAAUAUCCAUGGUCCAGUCAAAAUAUUGCUAAGAUGCUUAACAUGAAAUCUGAUGUUAGAGAACAGUUAGAAGGAAACAUAAUGAUGGCUUUGAACAGCCCUUACAAAAUGCUGUCAUUCAACAACAGAACUUUUGAGCGACUACCUGAGCUCAUCAAAAAAUUGGAAGACAAAUUAAGAAAUGAACAAGACUUAGAUGUUGUCAAAUUCCUUAACAACGACCAUGUGUCUUUAGCUAUGCCCAAUGAACUUGGUUUGCCAUUCGUCUUCACCUAUGUCGCCCCAAUGUUCAUGAAACUCCACGGAAAAGUAAGAGCUGCUUCUAAUCCACAAUUAUCUCAAAAUGGUAGGAUCCAAACACCAGAACGUCUUCAAGCUGAAGUUAAGCUCGCCCUUACUUUUGGAGCUAAAGUAUCUGGACACAUUUCGUUUAUCACUCCCUUCGAUAAUCAACAAUACCUUUCCGGUUUCGAUAAAGUAUGGCAAGCUCAUGUACCUGUUAAUACUAACAUGGAAUUCAAUGUUAAGAACAACGAAGUAAAAAUUGAAAUUCAACCUAAGGAAUUUCACACUGGUGCCCACUUAUUCCACUACAGCACUUGGCCAUUCACUGCUAGAAAGAACAUAAUGGAUUUAAAGACCAUAACUGCACAAAAACACAAGCAAAUCAUCAAACCUCAAGCUCUUCGUAGGGUUGAAACGAUUUUUGGUAAAAAAGAAACAGGAUUAGCAUUCCAAAUUGAAAUGGAACACGAUAGAAACACAAUGGAUAUCUCUAAUGUACGUUUCUUCUGCAAAGAAGGUAUUUCAAGCGGUCUUAACAAAAUCUGGAAUGAUAGACAAAUUCAAUACAGCCACUUAAACGUAACUUACAUGCCUGAAGAAUCUUCAACUAACAAGGUUGUUUUACGAUUGGGUUACCAACAAGAAUACAAAAAACAAGGUAAUGAAGAAACUAUUAAUUGGCAAGAAGUAAGCAAGGCUGAUAAAUCUGCAUCUAGACAACAAACCUUAAUGAAAGGAGCAUCAUCCGGAAUAAAAAAUGUUCAAACUCACGCCAUGGAUGCUUCAGUUGAAUUCCAAGGACAAAAGGACAUUCAAUACAUUUUAUCUGGAGCCUAUUCAGUAAGCCAUGUUGACGCUAAGUCUCGUGCAUACGCUUUCUUCAAGAAAGAUGGUCAAAAUGACAAACCUACCGAAGUUAAAUUCGAAAUGAUCAAUAACUCACCUAACACUAACUCUUUGAACUUGCAAGAUAUUCUCAGAUCUGAACCUAAGGUUCAUUCAGAAAUUGAAGUUAGAUUCGAUUCCAGAAAUGGAGAAAGCAAAAUUAAAGCAGACAUCAAAAUGGUCAGAAGCGAAGACCGUAAAGAAUAUUUGACAAAACAACCUAUGUACCAUCAAUGUGUACAUGAUGGACGUGUAGGUAACAAACAAUCACCUGCUUGUGUAAAUAUGACAAUCGAAGCUAACUAUCUUGAUAGAGUUGACAUGGAUGUAAAAUCUGAAAACAUUGAUCCUUCUGUACAAAACUUCAUGGAAAUUGUGUACGAUCAUUUACAAUAUCAAAACUACCCCAAUCUUGGACUUAAAGAAAGAUCUUCAGUACCUAAAAACCAAAUGAAAUUCCAAGCUCAAUUUGACAGGGAUUUGAAAUACGUCAAUGUUACUGUCAACACUCACCAACAACAAGUUACUUUCAGAGAUAUUGAACUUAAUGAAUAUGCCAAAAGGUUUUUCGUAGUCCACCCAUCUGUACGUGCAUCUACCCGUGCUCUCAGCAAAGCCUUAGAAAUCGACACAUUAUUAGAUCUCUGUGUCGUCGACAGAUCCCAAGUAACUACUUUUAGCAACUGGACUUACUCUGCUGGCAUUUCCAAACACUGGACUGUUGCUACCCAAUUUGUACCAAAAACUACUAAAUUAUCUGUUGAACAACAAUUGAGUAAACAACUUACGAACUACGUUAUUUUGGUUCGUGAAAAUCAAGAAAACAAGAAUGGAAAAGAUUUUAAGAUCGUUGUCAGUGCCCCUGAAACCAAAUUCAAGGUAAUAGACAUCACUUUGCUUUCUAGUCAAGAAGACUCUGCCAAAGCUGUCAUUAAAGUUAACGAAAAUCGCAUUGAAGUUAGCGAUACUGAAAGCUAUGACGUUGAAAAAGGGUACAUUCAAAUUUAUGCUAAUCCCAACGGUGAAGUAAAGGUAACAGUUGGAGGAAAAUUCAUUGUCGUUUACGAUGGUCAACGUGCCAAAAUUGCAAGCAACAAUGGUUUCUUUAGAGACAGCACCAGAGGAAUAUGUGGUCAAUACAACGACCAACAAACUGAAGAUCAUCUUACCUCCCAAAACUGCUUCGUCCGCAACCCAGAAAAACUAAUCAGAAGUUACGAAGUUGAAGGACCACAGGGUAAACAAGUCAGACAAGAAUUGGAAGGAGACUCCAAAAAAUGUUUAAAAAGAACAACUCCAAUCUACAUAAACCUCAUUAAGGAGAGAAACGUCAAAACUUUGGGACAAUCUGAAGAUCAACAAGACGAUUGCACUGGUUUCCGUACACAAUACGCAGAACAACACAAUGAAAUCUGUUUCACCAUUUAUCCAGUACCAAGCUGCAAACGUAUGUGCCAAGCUCAAGGUUACAUCACCAAGACCGUUUCUGCUCAUUGCAUUCCUAACAGCAAUGUAGCUGAUUUGUGGAAACAACAAAUCUUAAGAGGAGCUAACCCCGAUUUCAGUCACAAAUCUGAAAACAGGAAAGUCCAAAUGGAAGUGCCCAUUAUCUGCUCAGCCUAAGAUUAUUUUUUUCAAUAAUAACUGAAUAAAAAUAAAUUUCAAAGUAAA